UCUUACCACAAGCUUCAAGAAGUAGCUCAGCUUCCCAGUUCUUACCACUUUAUCGAGAAGUCGUCCACUUCCACUUUGAGAAACUUCUUCAGUUGAAGCAAGACUCUUACUAAAAAGUUCCAUAGAGCGACCAUCCACUUCCACAUCCACGCAACUGGAAAAUAUUUAUAAAAUUACCACAGCCAUCAAAAAUUACCACAGCACAAUCAAGCAAGAGCAAGACAUGGUAUCAGUCUCAGGACCCUCGUGUGCGAGGUCUCCAGAGCAGGACGUAGCCAAAAACAGCAGCAGAAGUAUGCUCUCCACUUCUGCUUCAAGUUCGCGGCCAUCAACGCCUGCGACGAAAAACGGAAGUGGAUCGUCAAAGGGAGCGAGUAGUUCGACAGUUAUGUUAAUCAAUGUGUUAAGAUUAACUAAGCCUUAAUUAUGUUUAUGGGUAGGCUUAAUUAUGAAGGGUAUGUUAAAGCCUUAAUUAUGGGUAGGCUUAAUUAUGAAGGGUAUGUUAAUGUUAAAGCUAAAGGUGUUCUUGUUACCGUUCGUUUUGACUUCCUGAAGGGGGAAAGGCAUAACGAAUGGGGGAAACGAACACCAAAAACCUACGUUCAAAUUAAGUUAUCCCUUUCUUGCCUUUACCGCAUCCGCAUUUUUACCUGUAACUCCAAUGAUGAGUGAUAAUGUACCUUCUUGGUAGAAGUAGAUACUGCUUAAUAGCUUAUAGCAGGACACUUACUCUUACGCUUACUCGCUGCUCCUAACAACGACCUCGAUCUUGGCAGAAGUAGAUAUUUUUGCUUAAUGUUAAUAGGACACUUUCUCUAAAAAGACUUUCUCUUACUCUUACUCGCACCUCCUAAGAGCGAGUCCGUCCCCAUCUUCUAACAGGGGAGCGCCCGGUGAGAAGGAAAAGUCACCCAUGCGACUGCCACUGCACAAUCCGACUACAUGUAGCACUAGUUCGUCACCGCAUAGCAGAAGAAGUGGCGCUAGCUCAACAGCAGCACGAAAACCGGACAUGGACUUAUGGAAAUUUCACAACCGUUACCGUCCAUUAACUACUUCUCCGUCUGAAUCACACAUGCGUAUUUCAUCUCUGCCAAUUAUUUAUUCACGUUUAAUAUUCUUAUUUUUUUUUUGGGACCUGGGUCUAUAUUUCUCGCAAUGCGAGCAUUUAAUUACCCGGCGGGAAUCAUGAAGCAUAACGGCCAGGCGCCUAAAACUACUAGACGAUGAAGCACAGCGGCCAUUGCCGCAGAAAAGCUAGAGUCAAAGCCCCACGGGCAUACUAAUCGAUGUGGCUACAUCAAGGCCUACUGAGUACCCCUAAGCCUUCUAACCUCCCUAGAUCCAGACGCGAUAUCCCUAGACCUUCCACCUAUACCCACACCUUCUAACGUGCCUAGACCUCGAUGCGAUAUCAAGACCAGUGAUGCCCAUUUACAUGUAUCGGGAAAUCCUAGAUGCCUUUUCGGACGACGAUUUUACGAUGAACUUAAUGAUGUGGAGCUUCAAACACUGUGACCAGUUUCCGGAUGAAGGUACUACAAGAAAGAGUAUGAAACAAUUCAAUUAUUAUGCGUCGACGAGUCCGAAAGAUAGGUCAGUUACAAGUACAACAAGUAGAAGCGCCAGAAAUUUCUCUACUGUUGAACUAUUCUUAUUCAGUGGUCCACCUGUCCUACCUCAUCGACCAGAUCCAGUAGAUGUCGAACAGAAACUCGAAUGGACACAGCUGCAUCAGGAUUAUAGGGCGAAGUUUGAGGAGAGAGCGGAAGCGGUUUUGCAAGAGGCUGGAUACGACGUGGAGAAAAUCAUAGAUGAGAUCACGAAGUUUGUGAAGAGUACUUCUUCUAAUAUUGUUUCAUUUUUGAUAGAGAUUGUAUCCAUCGUUUACACUUCUAUUGUUUCAUUUUUGAAGAUACAUUGAGAUUGUUUGUAUCCUUUGUAGUUUGAAAGUUUUUGGCUAUUUCUUAGUUAAUAUGGUUGUGUGUCCUUCUUCUCUCAUCAUGUAAGUCUUGUUAAGGCUGUACCUAAUACAUCUUUGGACGCAUCCUUGAAACGUAUGGAGGAGUAUCCCAAGGGAAUGCUCCCCCAUACUUUUCAAGGAUGCACUUGAAAGAUGAACUACGGACAGCUCUAGCAUUGAGUUGUAUUGAGAUUGUCUAACCUCUCAUCAGAUCCCCGUGGUUUCCACCUAGAGGCUGAUGAGGAUAGCAUCCACGGAGUGCUUGAUGCGUUGACAGCCAGUGAAGACUAUAUCAAGUUCGUACGGCAUAUGCAGUCCGUCAAGGCUAGGAAGCAGUGGGCCAGGAAUAUCAUGGGAGAUGAUGCCUUUGAAGCUAGUGGCUUUUUUGGAUAG